CCGCCCCGCGCUGCCGGUGGUUCUCCCUCGCCGCCCGUUAUGGCCCUCAACAAGUCCAUGCACGCGCGCAACCGCUACAAGGACAAACCGCCCGACUUCGCCUACUUGGCCGCCAAGUACCCCGAGUUCCAGCAGCACGUGCAGACCACCCUCACCGGCAGGCUGAGCCUGAACUUCAAGGACCCUGAGGCGGUGAGAGCUCUGACGUGUACUCUGCUGAAGGAGGAUUUUGGCCUUACGAUUGACAUCCCGGUGGAAAGGCUUAUCCCCACCGUUCCCUUGAGGCUGAACUACAUCCACUGGGUGGAGGAUCUCAUCGGUCACCGGGAUGCUGACCAGCGAGUCCUUAGGCGAGGCAUCGACAUAGGGACGGGAGCAUCUUGCAUAUACCCAUUACUUGGAGCAACUUUGAAUGGCUGGUAUUUUCUUGCAACGGAAGUGGAUGAUAUGUGCUUCAAUUAUGCCAAGAAGAAUGUGGAGCAGAAUAACUUGGCUGAUCUUAUAAAAGUGGUUAAGGUACCACAGAAGACUCUACUAAUGGAUGCGCUGAAAGAAGAAUCUGAGAUCGUUUAUGAUUUCUGCAUGUGCAACCCCCCCUUUUUUGCCAACCAAUUGGAAGCGAAGGGAGUAAAUUCUCGAAAUCCACGGCGUCCCCCUCCCAGUUCUGUAAACACAGGAGGGAUCACAGAGAUCAUGGCUGAGGGGGGAGAACUAGAAUUUGUCAAAAGAAUCAUUCAUGAUAGUCUACAACUUAAAAAGAGGUUACGAUGGUACAGUUGCAUGUUGGGGAAGAAAUGCAGUUUAGCACCGUUGAAAGAGGAACUUCGAAUCCAGGGUGUUCCUAAAGUUACUCAUACUGAAUUCUGUCAAGGACGCACCAUGAGAUGGGCACUGGCAUGGAGUUUCUAUGAUGAUGUACAAGUACCUUCACCUCCCUCUAAAAGAAGAAAAUUAGAAAAACCCCGAAAACCAAUUACAUUUAUGGUCUUGGCUUCUACAGUCAAAGAGUUAUCCGUUAAAGCUGCAGCUAUGGGCUGGGAUGCUGUGGAAGCUAUUGCUGUGGUUAGAGCCUGGGUAGAGAAGAUUCUCACUGAUCUGAAGGUUCAGCACAAACGUGUUCCCUGUGGAAAAGAUGAAGUUAGCCUGUUUGUGACUGCCAUUGAAAACUCCUGGAUUCAUUUGAGAAGAAAGAAACGAGAGAGAAUAAGGCAAUUACGAGAACUUCCUCGAGCUUCUGAAGAUACUCUGCAAGCAAUGGAAGAGGAGAAAACUAGCCAUAAGAGUGUGAGCAACAAUUCGGACUGUGAAAACCCCAAGACUGAAGACUCUGAAACGGGGUUUAUGGCACCUGAUGAGGAUGUCCACUUGACCGCAGGUGACGAGCCAACGGAAGGAUCUGCUGCCAAAGAAGAACACAGUGAGCACGUGGAGGAGGAGGAGACAGAAGCAAAGCAGGCAGAAACAUCACUUGGCAAAGGUUCCAGUAAUGCAGAGGAGGAACCUUGCCCUUCAGCAGAAACUAGCAGUCUGACAGUUGAAAAAGAACACAGUCCCAAAGAAACUAGUAGAUGUUUUCUCUUUAAGUGUUUAAUGAAUGUGAAGAAAGAAGGAAAUGAUGUAUUAGUAGAAAUGCACUGGGUUGAAGGACAGAACAGAGACUUGAUGAACCAGCUGUGCACGUACUUACGGAACCAAAUUCUUCGACUGGUUGCUAGUUAGCCCUUUUUCCUACUUUGGUAAAGUAAGUCAGUCCUCAAAUUUUGUAAACUAUUUUUAAUGGAUUAAAAUUUUCUGUUAGCAA